UCGGGGCUGAGAAGAGCAGAGGUGCGUCGUGUCUCUGCUAUUCAAUGUACAUAAAACCACUGCGAACAUAUCAAUCGUACCAGGCUAGCAUCAUGCUGACCACUUCAAUCAAGGCCCAACCCCACAAGAUCGCCUGCCAUCAUCGAUAUCCCCAGGAUCUCCAGCACCAACAUCACAAAGCGUAUUCACACACACCUUCGACCUUGCCAAACGCCUCAUAAUGCCCUCUCCAAGCCCAAUAAGCUACAUCUCCAUCCACUCUACAUCUGAAAACCCCUUUCCAGCAAUUCUCUCCGCCAUCCACUCACAGAUCCUGACCUCUCCCAAUUCUGUGCACCGCAUCCUCAUCCCAACGCUCUUUUCCCCUUUCCUUUAUCCCCCUGCCGCUGCACAGCCAACCCACGUCCUCCCCUUCAUACACGCCCUCCGCGCCCUCCUCCGCCGGCACGCAAACACAAUUCUCGUCACCACACUCCCGCUCAGCCUACACUCGCGACGAACAGGUCUCACGCGCGCCAUCGAAACACUCUGCGACGGCGUCAUCGAACUAAGCCCCUUCCCGUCACAUACGCAUGCCGAGACACUGGCUAGCAGCGGUGCGGCGACAAAGGAGGAGGACAAGCCGCAGGGAAUGCUGAAGGUGCAUCGGCUACCGGUCUUUCAUGAGAGAGGAGGGGGCGGGAACGUGAAUCUAGGUGAGGAUUUGGCGUUCACGCUUAGCCGGCGGAAGUUCUUGAUCAAGCCUUUUAGUCUGCCACCAGUGGAGGGUGAUCUGGAGGCCCAACAGGGAGCAGGUGCGGAUCUACAGGCGAAGGGUAUGGAGUUCUGAAAAGGUGUAGAGACCGCCACACGGCGGAUAAGGGCCUCCUACAUGAAUCUGGGCGCGAUAAUAGGGUAUUUCGAAUGCUAUAUGCCCAAUAUGGUCCUCCUAGAUGCUCCGAUGAAAGUCCGGUCCAAGCCGCAUUCUCUGACAAACAGAAAGAUCCACGAUUCUGAAAUCUAGAUUUGUCAAACACAUGCUCAACAACGUUCUACUUCCUCUCGAACAUGUCUUCCAAACAUACCAAUAUCUAGAACAAAGCCCUUCAAGUCCUACUAACCAUCAUUCCAGCGAGCACUGCAGCGCCAAUAAUCCCUCCAUCACUUGCAGCCUUCAGCACGACUCUCUUU